CCCUUACUUUGCAUCUUUGAUAUUCUUCCAAAAGGGCAAAAUAAAGUGUAUUCAGUGUUAAUACAGAGAGAGAUCGUGUUUUUUCAUGAUAUAUGAAUGAUCAUAUGGUAAAUAAUACAAAUUCGCUGAUCGACUAUGUCGACUCGAAUGCUUUAGAUAUGUCAAACAAAAGAAGAAACGACUUCGAUGAUACAUUUAUUUUUCAAAAAACGGCCAAACUCAGAAAGGGAAAUCGUCGUGCGACCAGUGAUGGUUUAGUUCCUCUUUCAAUGAAAGAAGAACAAAAAGAUGCUCGAGAUUUUGAAGCUUUAAUUUCGCUUCAAAGUAAUGAGAGUCCGAUUGUUCCUCAUUUGAGUCCCAUACAAUUGUCCUCAAUCGCGCCAACAACGUUAUCACUUCGAACGGCUCCAGAGCCCAAUGCAUUUGCUGAUUCCGCAAGAACGGUUACUAAGGAGAAUACCGCUACAACGAACACAAUUUUAUUAUCAACAGAAACAUUGUCUCCAACACCUGUGCGUUCGACUAUCGCUGUUUCUGAACCUCCUUCUGGUAAAAGUACAGUUCGUUGGACUGCAGAACAUUGGGAAUACUUGGAGUCACGUAUGCAGAGUUUCUGUCAAUCUUACCAGCUUACGCAUGCUCAAGUAGCUGAAACAUUGCGCGACAAGCGGUUACAUGGACCGUUAUCUGCACUCGUUAAGCUUCUUGUUGAGGAGAUGCCAAGUUUCACGCGACGAACGAUUCUUCGUCAUUUACGUGCUCUUUACAACAUACCGGGGUAUGAAAAAUAUAGUCGCAAAGACACAAGCGGAAAAGGAGACUUUGGUAUUCAAGAGACGGCAAUUAUUUCUCAGGAGGUCAGCAAUUUUAUUGCUAGUCAAGGGUGGUCUAAGUACCAGUUCUGUAAUCAAAUUUGGGCUGGAAAGUGUCCUAAAGUCAUUCGAAUGUUCUAUUCCAAUUUAUACAAAAAACUUUCACACAGGGAUGCAAAAAGCAUUUACCACCAUGUUCGAAGAGCUUAUAAUCCAUUUGAAGAAAGAUGCAUUUGGAGUAAAGAAGAUGAUGAGGAAUUAAAAAGAAACGUUAUGGAACAUGGAAAAAGCUGGGCAAAAAUUGGCAGGAAGAUGGCGCGUAUGCCUAAUGACUGUAGGGACCGUUGGCGUGAUGUUGUUCGUUUUGGUGAUCGACUAAAACGUAACGCCUGGUCUAGUGAUGAGGAACAGCAGUUACUUCGUAUCGUCCAUGACAUUCAGACUGGUGAUGAGACGAAUAAUGAAAUAAACUGGACACUUGUGGCCCAAAUGCUUGGAACCAGAACUCGGUUGCAAUGCCGGUAUAAAUACCAGCAAUUAACGAAACCGUCUAAAAAAUUCGAGGUUUCUGAUAGCGUUUGGCUAUUGGAAAGCUUGCUUGACAACUUAGCAAAACACGCUGGCGAAAUCCAUUGGGAGGAAAUUGUCAGUGCAUCACGAGGCCGUUGGACUACUGAUCAACUGCAAACGCAAUUGGAAGUAUUAAAAAGGUCCGUUGUAGAUUAUACCAAGCGUGAUCUUGCCGAUGUUAUUCAGACAUCACUAAGAAAUUUAAAAUCUCUGCUCUCGGGUUACUAGCAAGUAUUGUUUUCAUGAUAGACUAAUGUUUCUUCAUGCGCGUAGUCUUUAGCGAACUGGUUAAGGUUUAAUGAUUUUAUCAUUGUUUAUAACCUUUGUAUCAUUUACAAGUGUUAAAACGAAAAUAAUAUAUCUCAAUUUUAAGUAAUUUAUUAAUAACGAAGUAAAUAAUGGAGAUGACUUCUUCUG